UUGAUGAGCCAUGAGUUGUUUGCACAUUUGAAUCAUCGACGAAUGUUUUUCUGACAAAAAAUUUCUUGCAUCUUUUUUCAUCAAAAUGCCCCCAAAACGAAAAAAGACUGAAGCUGCAAAGAAUUCCAAUAUCAAAAAGCUACAAAAAUUAUCGGCAGAUGAACAACGAGAAAAAGAAGAGUCAUCAUCCAUGUCAACAAAUGUAGAUGAAAGUAUGAUGAAACCAUUCAAUUUGAAAAUCAUAUCCUGGAAUGUAAAUGGAAUUCGUGCUGCAAUGAAAAAUGGCAUUUUAAAUUUUCUUAAUUCUGAAUCAUGUGACAUUUUGGCUAUUCAAGAAACCAAAUGUAAUGACAAAACAUUUCCAUCUGAAUUGAAAAAUUGGCCGAAUUUUCCAUAUAAAUAUUAUGUUUCAUCCAAACAAGAUGGAUAUGCAGGUGUUGCAUUAUUCUCGAAACGAAAACCAUUAUCCGUUGAAUAUGGUAUUGGUAAACCGGAAUUCGAUGAUGAAGGUCGAAUCAUUACAGCUGUCUAUGAUAAUUUUAUACUUGUCAAUGCUUAUGUUGUGAACGCUGGACAAGGAUUGAAACGAUUAGAUUUCAAAUUACAAUUUGAUCAAGAUUUUCGUGAAUAUCUACAGAAAUUGGAUGAACAGAAACCCGUUAUUCUAUGUGGCGAUCUAAAUUGUGCACAUAAAGAAAUUGAUUUAGAGAAUCCAAAAACCAAUACAAAAACGGCCGGUUUUACACCAGAAGAACGUGCCGAUUUCGAUCGUUUACUUGAUGCUGGUUUUAUCGAUUCAUUUCGUGUGUUGUAUCCAAAUCAACAUAAAUGUUAUACAUAUUGGGGAUAUCGUUUUAAUUGUCGUGCUAAAGAUAUUGGUUGGCGUCUAGAUUAUUUCCUUCUCUCGGAGCGAAUAAUGGCCAAUUUAAUUGAUAAUCGUAUAUUUAAACAUGUUAUGGGUAGUGAUCAUUGUCCUAUUGCUCUAUACAUGAACAUGUCCGAUUCAGAUGAUGAUGACGAUGAAUAAAACUGAAUUUUUGCAUUCUGAUCAUUAAAUAAAAUUGUAAUAAAUAAAAAAUAAAUAAAUCAA